GUGCAAGAGUAAGAGGCGAGGGGUGCUGGGCGUGCGAGGCCCAGAGCGAGUCUCGGGUCCCCCGGAGCGUGUGUGUGUGUGUGUGUGUACGUGAAAGUGGAGUUGCCUUGAGCCUCGCAGUCUUCCCGGGGGUCUUUACACGGUCUGCUUCCCAGAGGUCCUACCUGGCGCAUGGUACAUAGACCUUUUCGUGCGCCCCAAAGUGAGUUGGCGCUGAUAGCUUGGCUCAGAGCAGAAGAGGAAGGUAGUGGCUCCAACCCUUUUCGGCAUCUGGAGAAGAGUACUGUCUUACAGGAGGCUCGUCUAUUCAAUGAAACACCCAUCAAUCCAAGAAGAUGUUUGCAUAUUCUUACAAAGAUUAUCUACUUACUGAACCAGGGGGAACACUUUGGAACUAUAGAAGCCACAGAAGCCUUCUUUGCCAUGACUCGAUUGUUUCAGUCUAAUGAUCAAAUAUUGCGAAGAAUGUGCUACCUUACCAUCAAAGAAAUGGCUAACAUCUCUGAGGAUGUCAUCAUUGUCACAAGCAGUCUCACCAAGGACAUGACAGGAAAGGAAGAUGUGUACCGAGGCCCGGCCAUCAGGGCUCUCUGCAGAAUCACUGACGGAACAUUGCUGCAGGCCAUUGAAAGAUACAUGAAGCAGGCCAUUGUGGAUAGAGUCCCCAGUGUAUCCAGCUCAGCAUUGGUGUCUUCCUUACACCUGAUGAAGAUAAGCUAUGAUGUAGUUAAGCGCUGGGUCAAUGAAGCCCAAGAAGCUGCUACAAGUGACAAUAUUAUGGUCCAGUACCAUGCAUUGGGAGUCCUGUAUCACCUUAAAAAGAACGAUCGCCUUGCUGUUUCUAAGAUGUUAAAUAAGUUUACAAAAUCCGGUCUCAAAUCACAAUUUGCUUACUGCAUGCUGAUCCGAAUUGCCAGUCGCUUACUAAAAGAAAAUGAAGAGGGGUAAGUGUCUUCAUCUAAACUUAAGUAAU